UGUACCAAUUUUCGAGUGUUUCAGUUAGAGAGAUAUUAUAGACGCCAUUGUACUAAUUUUAUAUUGUUUAAGUCAAGAAAGAGAAAGACGCAAUUGUACUCAUUUUCAUUGUUAACGUCAAAAGGAAAGAUGAGUAGUAAUAAGGGGAAAGCACUGAAACAACAGAAAACCGUUGCUAAAAUCACAGUCAGAGGAGGUGCACGAGCUAAUAGUUCACAAAAUCGCGUAGAAAAUUCUUCUCCUAAAGCUGGUGGUUCUUCUGAUGGUCACACAACUUCGCUUAGACAAUCGAGCCGGCCAAGAAAAAGAAAGGCCGUUUUCGGGGAGGAUAAUGACACAAUAAUAGCUUCAAAACCUAAAUCUGUUACUCGUGUUACAAAAGUUAACAAACCUGAUACCCCUGAACUAGGUGUAUUUGAAGAUAUCACAGCCUCUCAAGUUGUUUCUGUUCUUGGAGAUCCUCUUCUUACUAGUACCCAGAAAGUCCAUGAAGAGUUACGUGCUGAUGAACAUGAUCAAGAUGCUCAGCCUCUUGGAACGGAAAGUGAUUUGGAAGAUCCAAGCUACAAUGGAGUCAACGAUAACAGUUCAGGUAGCUCUGAUACAGAGAAGUAUGAAGAAACCAGGAACGAAGAAAACUUGUCAGAUGACAAUAACUCAUCCGGAUCUGAUGAAGAUGAUUAUGUUGUACACAGCCAAAGGAAAUUGACCAAGGAGGGAGAUAAAGGAAGAAUCAAGGCAGCUCCUGCUAACAUGAAUACUUUCAACGAGAGUUUGCUUACUGAUAAGUCUGUGUCACGUCCGCAGAUUGUACUUAGCCCAGAAGCCAUGCAAAGAAAAUUUUUUGAGAUGGACCUUAACUUACAUACUUAAAGAACAUUAAACUUACAAUUUAUUCAUGGA